AUGCCCACGACCACCAUGGCACGGUUGGUCGGCAACGUGAGGGAAUCUGAAGGAAGAGAGAACAACAUCGAGAUAUCUGAUCUUGUGUUGAGGAUGGGGCGGGGGAGGGUUGAGGUGAGGAGAAUAGAGAACAAGAUCAAUAGGCAGGUGACCUUCUCCAAGAGGAAGGUCGGGCUGCUAAAGAAGGCCUACGAGCUCUCUGUUCUCUGCGACGUCGAACUCUCCCUCAUCAUCUUCUCCAGCCGCGGCAAGCUCUUCGACUUCUCCACCACCUCCAGUGGAUGCGAUGUGCUUAUUUUAGAUACUGGAUUGGGAAGUGCAGAGAAUAAAGCAAGGGUCAAGGAGUUGCUUCAUGUGGAGGAAUCAAAACUAGAGGAGGAAGAGGGAAAUACCACUCCAGCAGUGAGAUGGGUUCGAGAUGAUAAAUAUGAUUGCAUCCGAUUAAAGCAUUACAAGAGUAUUUGCCACUACCUUUCUCUUAUUCAUUCUUUUGCUUUGCAGGUUGUGACAAAAAUUGAUUGGCAUCGAAAAGGAGACUAUUUCACUACUGUCGUUCCUAGUGGUGAUUCAAGAGCAAUCUUGAUACACCAACUCUCCAAGAAACACACACAAAAUCCUUUUAAGAAGUUACAUGGUCUUCCAAUAGCUGCAGUUUUUCAUCCAACACGGUCGAUAUUCUUUAUAUCAACCAAGAAUCAUGUCCGUGUGUAUGAUCUUUUAAAGCAAAAGCUCGUUAAGAAGCUUGAGACUGGUCUUCGUGAAGUUUCUUCCAUUGCAAUUCAUCCAGCAGGCGACAAUGUUAUUGUGGGCAGCAAGGAAGGAAAAAUGUGGUGGUUUGAUAUGGACCUUUCAUCCAAACCAUAUAGAACCUUGAAGACCCAUCCCAAAGACAUAACUAAUGUCACCUUCCAUCGCCUGUACCCUCUCUUUGCCUCAAGUUCCGAAGACUGCACUGCUUAUGUGUUCCAUGGGACGGUGUAUUCGGAUCUUAAUCAGAAUCCUCUCAUCGUCCCAUUGGAAAUCCUGCGUGGCAACAACAGUUCUAAUGACAGAGGUGUUUUAGAUUGUAAAUUUCAUCCGAGGCAGCCAUGGCUAUUCACAGCUGGAGCAGAUUCUGUCAUUAAACUGUAUUGCCACUAAUGAUAGAUUCUCCAGGAAACUUUGAAGAAUCUCCUCGAGUCAAGAUA